AUGUGUGGUUCUUGCCCCCGACGUGUGGGAUUCUCUCAGCCAAGGAGUGGGAAGGAGCAGUUAUCCAACAAUUUCAGGACCAAUGGCUCCCCUGCAAACUCGGGAUCGGAGUGGCUUCCUCCACAUUCAGAAAAGGAAGCUCUUCUCACCCAAGUUGAUUCUGAAAUCUUUGUUGACAACAAAGACAAACUGGAGGAAACCUCUGGACUGAAAAUUCUUCAAACCGGAGUCGGGUCGAAAAGCAAACUCAAGUUCCUGCCUCCUCAGGCAGAGCAAGAAGACUCGACCAAGUUCAUCGCGCUCACCCUGGUCUCCCUCGCCUGCAUCCUGGGCGUCCUCCUGGCCUCUGGCCUCAUCUACUGCCUACGCCAUAGCUCUCAGCACAGACUGAAGGAGAAGCUCUCAGGACUAGGGCGCGACCCGGGCGCAGAUGCCACCGCCGCCUACCAGGAGCUGUGCCGCCAGCGUAUGGCCACGCGGCCACCAGACCGGCCCGAGGGCCCGCACACAUCCCGCAUCAGCAGCGUCUCGUCCCAGUUCAGCGACGGGCCGAUGCCCAGCCCCUCCGCACGCAGCAGCGCCUCGUCCUGGUCCGAGGAGCCCGUGCAGUCCAACAUGGACAUCUCCACCGGCCACAUGAUCCUGUCCUACAUGGAGGACCACCUGAAGAACAAGAACCGGCUGGAGAAGGAGUGGGAGGCGCUGUGUGCCUACCAGGCGGAGCCCAACAGCUCACUUGUGGCCCAGAAGGAGGAGAACGUGCCCAAGAACCGCUCCCUGGCCGUGCUGACCUAUGACCACUCCCGGGUCCUACUGAAGGCGGAGAACAGCCACAGCCACUCGGACUACAUCAACGCCAGCCCCAUCAUGGAUCACGACCCGAGGAACCCCGCGUACAUCGCCACCCAGGGACCGCUGCCCGCCACCGUGGCCGACUUUUGGCAGAUGGUGUGGGAGAGCGGCUGCGUGGUGAUCGUCAUGCUGACGCCCCUCACGGAGAACGGUGUCCGGCAGUGCUACCACUACUGGCCAGAUGAAGGCUCCAACCUCUACCACAUCUAUGAGGUGAACCUGGUCUCCGAGCACAUCUGGUGCGAGGACUUUCUGGUGAGGAGCUUCUAUCUGAAGAACCUGCAGACCAACGAGACACGCACCGUGACCCAGUUCCACUUCCUGAGUUGGUAUGACCGAGGAGUCCCCUCCUCCUCAAGAUCCCUCCUGGACUUCCGCAGAAAAGUAAACAAGUGCUACAGGGGCCGUUCUUGUCCAAUCAUUGUUCAUUGCAGUGACGGUGCAGGCCGGAGCGGCACCUACGUCCUGAUCGACAUGGUUCUCAACAAGAUGGCCAAAGGUGCUAAAGAGAUUGAUAUCGCAGCAACCCUGGAGCACUUGAGGGACCAGAGACCCGGCAUGGUCCAGACAAAGGAGCAGUUUGAGUUCGCGCUGACAGCCGUGGCUGAAGAGGUGAACGCCAUCCUCAAGGCCCUUCCCCAGUGAGCGGCGGCCUCGGGGCCUCGGGGGAGCCCCCACCCCACGGAUGUCGUCAGGAAUCGUGAUCUGACUUUAAUUGUGUGUCUUCUAUUAUAACUGCGUAGUAAUAGGGCCCUUAGCUCUCCCGUAGUCAGCGCAGUUUAGCAGUUAAGCAGUUAAAAUGUGUAUUUUUGUUUAAUCAAACAAUAAUAAAGAGAGAUUUGUGGAAAAAUCCA